CAGCGCAGGGAUGCGUGAUAUGUAGGUGAAGCGAAGUGAGCCCUUGCUGACAACGGCCAGACUUUCCCGCUGCUAUCGUGCGCCAUUUUUUAUAUUUUUAUCGCGGCUUUCACUCUGCGAUAGGCCGCCCCGUGCGACAAUUGCAAUCACAUGAAUUGUCGCUCGCAUAGUGUCUCGAGAUAAUAAAUCAACCUUCCCAAAGUUGCUUCAUACCAUCGGAAGCACUAGCAGACAAGAGCUUAGUCCUUCCGCUAGUUAGUGUCAACGAUGCGGCUCGCAGUUCUAGCUGUGCUCUGCGCUGGUGGAAUUGACCCAUUUCGAAAAAAUUUGUGGAGCCGCGACAUUCACAUGCGGACGGAUUCCCAGCGAAGCUGUUUAGGCAGCACACAUCAUGGAAUCGUGCCAUGUGUGCCACAGUGCAAGAGGCGAACGAUUUCAUGGACACCGUGUUGCAGGAACGGAUGCAGAAGUACGCCGAAUUGGACCCGAUGAACGCCCCAGAGCGCUACACGAAACUGGGAAACUUUAUCCGCAGCGACUGGACAGCGAACAUCAGAGACGUGAAGGUGAUAGGUCUGAGCAAGGUGAACCGGUCCGGCGACUGUGCCGAGGCCAAGACGCUGCCGUCCGGACGCGUGUUGGUGCUGUGCAGUCUUCUCCUCGACAACCUGGCGGUCCAGUUCACGUCGCACCAGCGCUAUCUGGGUGGUCGGCCGGACGUGUUCGGCGUGACGGCCACGUUUUCCCCGACUCUGGCUUCGCUUCGCGCCGAGAUCGGGGCUCGCCGCUUCCCCGACGUAAAGCUGACCGUGCGCAGCAAGCUCGAGCCGGCGCUAAAGUAUACAAACCUCGGUAACCUAACCGAGAACGGAGCCAUGAAAUUCGGCUACGCGUUCGCCUCUUCGGACAUACUGCAAAGGAAGCUGAAGAAAGACUAUGUCGACUACCUCGCCGAAGCUAUGGUGGGCGUUCCAGUGCCGUACGCGAACAAUCUAUGAAGCACUUCAAGGCGAAACAGGGAGGCGCUCAAUAAAGUUACAUUUUGUUGCGUAUUGAA